AGAAUCAAUGAAUCUGAGCAAUCUGAAAGUCAUUUUUAUAUCAAACAUCCUAGUUUUGAUGACAACGACAUGUGAGACAGUAUUUGAAAUGUAAACUGAGUCAAGAAAGCCCAAACUUGACUGCUCGGAAAUGCAAUAAACAAGACAUAUCAGUCACCAAACAGUUGAAGGUUCUUAUUUGGUGGCCAUCAGAAUUGCUAGAGCUAUGAAACCUCUCAUCAUAGCUGAGGACUUACUGUUGCCAGCGACCAAAUACAUUGUUCAAAAACAGUGCCAAGACGAUGUUGAACUCAGUCGGUGAAGAAGAUUGAAAAAUUGACAUGAGUUUGCUGAAACUGCCAUCUCAAAAAAUACUAGCACAAUAUCUUGAACAUUGUGUUUUUACAAAUACUUCUUGUGAAGAUGCUGCAAAUGAAAGUAGACCUGGUCAGUGGAGAUGUCAAGUGGCAAAUUUAAAUUUUCCCGUUUCAGCCUCAGUAUGGAUACAAGGGAUAGUGGUAGAGAUUUUGGAUUCCAAUCAGACAGUGGCUGUAGAUGAUGGUACUGGAAUUAUAAUUCUAACCCAAUAUAACAGUGUUGCAGUAAAAGUUGACCUUAGAAAAGGAAUGUAUCUGAUGGCUGUAGGUGCCCUACUGGCUGUUCACAGGCAUGCUGUGAUAAAACCUUUGAAAGUUCAAGACUUAAGCAAUGAUGAUCAUGCAGAAACAAUGUGGCCCUUAGAAGUCUUGGAUCAAGUUUUAUUUUUAAGUUCACAAACAUGAACUAAUGAGAAUGAAUGCAUGAGUUUGAUUUAUAUAAUGUUGGAGAACUAUUAUGAUGAACUAAGAUGAAUGGAAUGAAAAGAAUGUGUACUUAUGAUGUAAAGGUCUGAAAAGAGUCAAUAAAUAAAAAGGCAUGAGAUUGAAAGAUGUCCAAUAAAAUAUAACUUGUCUUAAAUUUUCUGCAAAGGUUGCAAUGACAUAUUCCUUGUAAACAUUUUGAAUAAAACAUCACAACUAUGUGUAUUAAUGAUUUCUCUUUCCUUUUCUGCUCAUCAACCCAUUUUUUAAAACGAAUCUUCAUCACUGUUAAUAAUUUGUUUCUUAUACAUACGCCAAUUAAAAUUGAAGGAUUAUAUUUCAUACAAUUCUUGUCUAUUGAGAUAUCAUAAUGAUAUAGUCCCUGCUUUUUUUUUUAGAGUUUGUUGACCAAACCUUUCAUUUGUUUGAAUCAUUAUAAAAUGCAUAACCUCAUUCAGUCCGUAGCAAGGUUAUUAUUAAACUUUUGGCAUAAACAAAUUUGUUAGUUUAAGCUGAAUAGUUGUCUGUAGAAUCUUCCUGUAACAAGCUGUUAUUUAUUCUGGCCACUUUGUGUAUUUAUUUACUUUGGGCUGGGUUUGUAGUUUUGUGUUGUUGGUGUCUGGCAAUGGCGUGAAAUAAAAAUAAAGUGAUUGGAUAAUCAA